CGCUUGUCAUACGUCAAAUCACCUGAAUUAAAAAAGCUACAGUGGUGACAGUGUGCAUGACUUUGUUUGCGAUGGAAUUUCCGUUUUCUAUGAACUCGCUCUAAUUUUUGUUAAUCUACGUGUUCGUUUCCUAACUAUAAACAAUCCAAUUAUCUGUAAAUGAAUUCCGAUCCGGGCUUGUGACCGUGUCGUACCUCGAUUUGUCGUGAACAACCGGACGUGAGCCUGCCCAGCGACGAAGUCUGCUUUUCGCUACAAAUGCCAUCAACAUUCAGAAAAAAACGAUGCCCGUAAGAAAAUAUCGACGCGAAACGAGUGAAAUCAGCUGCUGUCUGAAGUAUGUGAUCUUCAGUUUCAAUGUCUUCUUUUGGCUGCUCGGCCUUUGCAUUCUGGCUGUGGGCUUGUGGGCCUGGACCGAAAAGGACAUCUUCAAUAAUAUCUCCAAAGUGACCUACAUUGCACUCGAUCCAGCGUUCGUUCUGAUCUGCAUUGGCGCCGUCACUUUCAUCAUUGGCUUCACGGGAUGCGUGGGUGCAUUGCGGGAGAACACUUGUCUGCUGGCGGCGUAUGCCAUAUUUUUGUCACUUCUUCUAUUAAUAGAAUUAAGUCUAGGAACCUUAGCCUUUGUACUGAAAGAUAAGGGAUGGAUAAAAGAUCGAGCCACCGAAGGGCUUAGAACUUUUAUUACACAUUAUCGUGAAGAUCCCGAUCAACAAAAUCUAAUUGAUUGGAUACAAGAAGACUGGCUCCAAUGUUGCGGCAUUGAAGGUCCAAAAGAUUGGGACAAUAAUAAUUAUUUCAAUUGCUCAUCAAGCGCGGUGGGUAGUCGUGAAGCUUGCGGUGUGCCAUUUUCAUGUUGUAAACAAAAGCCAAAUGAAUUUAUAAAAAAUAAGCAAUGCGGCUAUGAUGUACGAAAGGAGAAUUAUCAAUCGACUGAACGUCAUAUUUAUGAACGGGGAUGUUUACGGGCCGGUGAAGAUUGGUUAGAAGGUCAUUUAGUUCCUGUGGCUGCAGCCUGUGUUAGUGUUAUGAUACUUCAGAGUUUUGAUGUUUCGAAAAUAAUUUACGAAAAAGGUUGCGUCCAAGCCGGCGAAGAGUGGAUGGAACGUAAUCUUAUCAUAAUUGCUUCGUCGGCAAUAUUUUUAAUUUUUAUGCAGAUAUUGGGAAUAUGUUUUGCUCAAAACCUACGAGCAGAUAUAUUUGCACAAAAAUCGAAAUGGCAUUGACACAACCCCGCCCCCAUGGCUGUCUAAAAAGGAGAUUGUAUCCAAGAAGGGGAAUAUCGACGACACCAAAUCGAAACGAUUACCUUCAACGGUAAAAUAUAUUUCUAUGAUUGUACCGUACCAGUUUUACCAUAGAUUCAUUCCAUUACUACUUAUUGAACUCGUACUGAACGUCUAAGCGAACAAAACAAGUAAACACUGAUAGGGUUGUCAUAUCUUUUUUCGUUGGUCCAAACUAUUUUUAAUUGUUGUAACCCCUCCCUGCUGUGGAACAAAACAUUUCCUAUCAAAGUAUUUUUGUUUAGUUCUACGCAAAUUAUAUUAUUUUUAGAUAUUACAAUAUUUAAAUGAUUGUUAUCGGAGGGAAACUGACGUUUCUAUUUUACAUCACAUCACAAAUGACGAUGCUUACGACAUACUCAACACAUAAACAUUCUCAUGUUUCCUACGGUAUUUACACAUUUGCUAACAUUGUUAACUUGUUAUUCUAUAUCUAGCACAAUUUGUUGCAACUGUGAUUAAUAUUAUUUUCUAUUGAAUCAUAUAUUCUACGUGCAUAUACUCUUGUUGAAAAAUGAAAUCAGAACUGCAGUGAAAUUUCUCAUUUUGUGUUGGCAAAAGAUCGAACUUCAAAGAACAUGUUUUAGUUCUUAUUUUUAAAAUAAUGCCAAUAAAUUGCUGUCUGCAAUGUAAUCCAAGAACUGGAAGGCAAUAGAUAGUCGUAUUUUUGUUGGUCUAACUUUCAGGUAGAGUCCUUCCAUUAACUUGUGUACAUUUCUGUUCACUUGCACUGCAGUUCAUCCUGUAACUUAUAUACUCAUAUCCAAUGUUACACUCAACUGUCGACGCUUAUUACUAUAUCUACAAACUCAAACUCAGAACAAAGCAUUCCUUUCUUAGCGUUACGCCGAAAGACAAUCCAAUAUUAUCCCUAUCAACCUUUAAGUGACUUUAACUCGAUAACAACAAUAAAUUUAAGGCUAUCAACAUAAUCUACUACCAUCAUACUCAUAUAGGUACAAUUACUAAAAGAGAACAAAAAGGUGCAAAAACGACAAGUGGGGGCGGUUGUCUACAACAUUAACAAAAACAUGAUAAUCUCUAAAAAGCAUACAACAAAAAUACUAGUUUUUAAUCAAGCGGAACAAAGCAUAAUAAAAAACAUUUGAAAUUUUUAUUUUAAAAUCGAACAAAAACCAAUUUAUAUAUACAUACAUACCUACGUAUGUCCAAGAAACAUUUUAACCAUAGAAACUAAAUGAAAAAAAAAAUUAAAGAAACAUGUGAAACUAUAUAUAUUUUCUUCGUGCAGCUUUUCGUAACAGCUUUAUGCUUGCAGCUGGCUUGAUGCGGCUGCAAUUGACUUUUAUAUUUAAGGUGUUCAAUGAUACUGCAUAAAUGCUUGAAACAUAAAAAUACAUAUACAUACAUACAGAUAUAAAUUUAUUAAAGACGAUACACUAUAAAGCUACGCAGCUAUUGAGUUAACUCGAGGGAGAUACAUUCGUGAAAGAGGAGAAGAAUAAAACUCGAAUUAAAAAAAAAAUAUCAAUUCCAUUCUCAUUGUGAUGUACUAUAUUUAUAGGUAUAAAGAGAAAAUAUUAAUUAUUUUUAUUGUGUAUGUGUAUUAUAAAUAUUAAAACGAAAUAAAAGAAACAAUUGAUUUAUAA